CUCACUUCUCUGAAGGGUUACACUCUCUCCAUCCUUUCUCAUCAAACAUCAUCCUUCGAUCACACCGAUCAUCAUAGCUUCUGAGCUUACUUGACAACUCCUCCUUAUAGUGAAUUAACUCUGCUCUGAAGCUUUCUCCAACAAGAGACUUCAUGGCUUUUCGAACCAUCAAGUGUCCUACAGAAAUGACACAGAAGGUCACUCCAGGCUACGCAAAACUGGCCGAUCCAGCUCUACUGGACAAGAUUGACAGUCUGUUUGCCUGCAAUGUGGGCGAGUACAUUGACCUUCCCCAGCUGGUCGUUGUGGGAGAUCAGUCCAGCGGCAAAAGCUCGGUUCUCGAAGGCCUCACUCGGCUGCCCUUCCCCCGCGACAGUGGAUUGUGCACGCGCUUUGCAAGCCAGCUCAUCUUCCGUCGCGACAAGAGCCUCACGAUUAGAAAGAUCCACGCGUCUAUCAUCCCUGCGUCGGAAUCAGAUGCUACCCGGGCAGGGGAGCUGAAGGCCUGGGAUGCUGAUUUCGAGGGAGACCUGAGCGCGGCCGCUUUUGCGGACACCAUGAAAAAGGUGCACGCCUUGAUGGGGGUGUCCACUGACGAAGAGCCUGGCCGACCGACCUUUUCCAACGAUGUCUUUCGAUUGGAAAUCUGUGGCCCGGAAGAGGAUCAUCUGAGUGUCAUCGAUGUGCCUGGCAUCUUCAGGUCGGCCACUUCUAGUCGCAUCGCCAAAGCAGAUAUUCCGCUGGUCAGGAACAUGGUGCUGGGAUACAUGAGGAACCCACGAUCUAUCAUGUUGACGGUCGUUGCGGCUAACGUCGACGUGGCAAACCAAGAGAUCAUUGAGAUGGCGCGAGAGUUAGAUCCUGACGGCGAACGGACGCUCGGCGUCUUGACCAAGCCUGAUCUGGUUGAUGAGGGCGCGGAGCAAAAGAUCGUUGAUAUUGUCGCGGGGCAUAACCUUCCCUUGAAGCACGGGUGGAUUCUGGUUCGAAAUCUGUCGCAACUGGAAUUGGAGGAAGGAAAAGUUGACAGAGACAUUGCUGAAGCUGAGUAUGGUAAGAAAAAGUUCUGGAACACAGUUGCAGCUGACAGAUAUGGCAUCGGUUCCUUGAAAGCACGCUUGCAGGAGACUGUUACUGAAAAUGCUAGAAAAGCUUUUCCACUUGUGCGAGCUGAGAUCAACAAGAAACUUAGUGUAGCCAAAGCAAGCCUCCUGGGAUUGGGUGAUGAAAGAGAGUCUACAAGCCAGCAGUUCAAGUACUUACUAGAUGCGGUGACCAAGUUCGGUGACAUGACAACCCAGGCUCUGAGCACAAAUUACGGUGCCAAUGAAGAGUUUGAGAAGCACCCAGGCCUGCGCCUCGCAACCAUAAUUGUCAAUCGCGACGAUGCUUUUUCCCAGUCAAUGGAGAAGUGGGGACACAAGUACAGUUUUCAAGUGGAUACUAUCAAUGUCAACAGUGUGCUGCCUGCUGCCCCGGAUGAAUAUUACCCUGCCACCCAGUCUACCCGACUGACAGAGGAUAUUCUUGAACUCGAUGACAUUAUUACAAACUGUGAGGAGGUGGACGAGCCGCUGCCCUACGGGAUCUACCAGUGGCUAAAGGAAGAAUACCACAAGUCACGCGGGUUUGAUUUGAAUACCUUCCAGAGCUCGUUGCUGGCCAAUGUGUUCCGAAGCCAGACCAUGAAAUGGGAGAGUAUUGCCAUCGGCUAUCUUAGCGACAUCAUUGCCAGCGUUCAUACUUUUAUCCUUCGCGGCCUAGAGCUAUGCAUCAGUGACAAACGCGUCUUUCUCAACCUGGUGCCCUACAUCAUGGAUGAUAUAACGGGGAAAUACAGAGAUGCGAUCGAGCAAGUGCGGCUCCUUCUUCAUAUCGAGCGUCGCGGCACAUUGAAGACCCUAAACCACUACUUCAAUGACAAUCUCCAGAAGAUACGUCAAGAGCGAUGGGAAGCGUACCUUCAAACACAGAUGAAUAAAUAUGGCGUAGUGGAAACAAAGAAGCUGAGUUACCAGCAGAAUAUGAGCAACGAAAGCCACACUGUGCAGGAUCUCCAUGAUAUCCUCAAGGCCUACUACCGAGUGGCAAUGAAACGGUUCGUCGAUAACGUCAGCAUGCAGGCGGCAGAUUAUCAUCUGGUCCACGGGCCAAAGACCCCGAUGAAGGUUCUUUCUCCCUCAUUCGUGCACAGUUUCUCCCCGGAGCAAUUGCAGGAGAUUGCGGGGGAGGAUCCGUCGGUCGGCAGAAGACGUGCUCACUUGAAGAAGCAGAUCCGGGAGUUGGAGGAGGGGAAGAAGCUUCUUGUCUAGGUGGGAGUGCAUUCUAUGCUUUGUAUGCUGC